GUGUGGGAAAAGAUUUAGUCAAAGUGGAGUUGUGAAGAUACACAUGAGAUGUCAUACAGGAGAGAAACCAUUUGACUGCUCUGAGUGUGGGAAAAGAUUUAGUCAGAAGGGACAUCUGAGGACUCACAUGAGAUCGCAUACUGGAGAGAAACCAUUUACUUGCUCUGAGUGUGGGAAAAGAUUUAGUCUAAGUGGAGUUCUGAGGGCACACAUGAGAUCGCAUACAGGUGAAAAACCAUUUAGUUGCUCUGAGUGUGGGAAAAGAUUUAGUCAAAGUGGAGUUGUGAAGAUACACAUGAGAUGUCAUACAGGAGAGAAACCAUUUGACUGCUCUGAGUGUGGGAAAAGAUUUGGUCAGAAGGGACAUCUGAGGACUCACAUGAGAUCUCAUACUGGAGAGAAACCAUUUAGUUGCUCUGAGUGUGGGAAAAGAUUUGGUCGCAAUGGAGAUCUGAAGAGACACAUGAGAUCUCAUACAGGAGAGAAACCAUUUAGUUGCUCUGAGUGUGGGAAAAGAUUCGGUUGCAGUGGAAAUCUGAACAAACACAUGAGAUCUCAUACAGGAGAGAAACCAUUUAAUUGUUCUUAGUGUGGGAAAUGCUUUAGUCAAAGUGGAGUUCUGAGGGUACACAUGAGAUCUCAUACAGGGGAGAAACCAUUUAGUUGCUCUGAAUGUGAGAAUAGAUUUGGUCGACAUCAUCAUCUGAUGGAACCAGGAGUUAGCAGAGAGGACUGUGGAGGACCAGAAUCAGCCAGAUACACAUUUUCAACCUGAGACUGAUGAUAAGAUGGAAGACUCUUCUAAACCUGUGACUGAUGACAGUGAUAAUAGUUGGAAGGAGACCAGAGAACCUCUGUCAGUCAGUCAUGUGACACUCAAUACUAACCAAAAACAAUUAAGUUACUCAGUGUGGGGUAAAAAGAUUUGUCUGUCAGAGAUGCUCAGUUUUUACAGUCCACAGCUCCUCUGCAUAGUCUCUCCAAUCUUUCCUUCGCUCAUCUUAUGUGCAGCAGCACUGUGCAGUCAAGGGCUGGGCCGUGGGCUGAUGCGGACAGGCACAUCAGAGGGGACGCCACUGAACAACCUUCAUGACUCAGCCUUCAUUUGGAAUUGUGUUAUCAGCUUUACACUCCCAGUUUGGACAGGCAGACAAGAGAACUGGCAUGGUUAGGUCGCUUCCAAAAGUCACACAACAACACAAACUAACUGUCCAAUCGAAGGGCAGCUGAAGACUCAUUGUGUUCUGUGAGGUAAAAUUACAGAUUCUGUCAGUGGAGUCUGGUAGCUUUUAGGAGAGCAUCAUCUAACUGUAUCGGUUUGCCAUUGUAAGGGACUGUCUGACAGCAUGGUUAGGUGUUGAAAAUACUCUUAACAAAGUGUUCAUUUACACUGGUGAUCCUUUUUUUUCAUGUGGUGAAGAAAUUUUUUGUCUCCUCUGUGUCCCCUCUCUAAAUUCAGAGGAUUUUACAGGUUCAGGAACGCAGCACAGGCGGAAGUCUUCAUGAUUUUUAAAAAGAAAUAAUUCCUUCCUCCCUACUGUAAAAGCAGCAGCAGCCAGGGGUUUAAAUAAAGACAGUACUGGUAGUGCGGUUGCACUGGAGCCUGUUGGGUGGUGGGACCUUGCAAAUGAUUCAGAUUUCCGCUUCGGAACUACAGCUGUGUUUCUAAAGAAAAAAAAAAAAAUCCCAUUACAUCAAUAAUGGUGCCAUAUGCUACAGGCUAUUUGACCUGAAACAUGCCAACACAUCUGUCAUAAUUUUCUUUUUUUCUUUUCUUUCCUUUUUGUAAAAUAGUCUAUAAUCUACAACAAAAUGAUAUGCUGAUUCUACAUGAACCCAAAAAAACAUGAAUAAACUAUAUGUAUUUAAAAA